AUGACUCCUCGUAUGGACUUACUGCUGGAGUUUCCCAUGCACGAGCCUUUUUGCAAGCUGAGAUUCCGCCGCUACAUUCUCGCGAAGAAGAAACUGCGUCAGCUUUGUCAAAGGUUGAUUGCUCAAGCGGGAAGGCGAAAGAUUGUUGGCUUCGGUGACUGGAGCAACACCGACGUGAGCGGGCUAAUCAAGGAGUGUCCGGCGGGUCCAGUUAACCCAUUCCAACGAGAGCUGAAGAAGCACUGUCGCGUGGAAUCGAUUGACGAGUUUCGAACAAGCAAGCUUCACUCGGUGUGUCAUUGUGAAAUGAAGAAUCGGUACAGCAAGCGUCUAUGCAAGAAGGAUGGCGUCGAGCGUACGUUGAAGGUUCACAGUGUACUCCAUUGCACCAACAAUGGCUGUCACGGUAUGACUGUGAAUCGAGACGAGAACACUUUGAAGAACAUGCUGAUGCUUCUGAUCGAGUGCAAGCUUCGUAGUCAACCGAGACCACUCGCGUUUUCAAGACCGAGAACGUGA